GAUGACGAUCGCGGAUGUUUAUCGCGUCAGACUGAGUUCUCUUCUCGAGUGAUGUCGCGGACCGAGUCCAGAGCGAUCAAUAAUGUUUUUAAACAGUUAGGGAAUAAAAUAAUAAUGACUCUGAACAGCUCGGGAAUAAAACAGACAAAUGAUGUGAAAUACAUCAUCGUUGCCAGAAGCUGAUCUGAUGUGGAGCGAGCGCUGUGCUGCUGUGUCAUGAUGUGUCUCCUUCAUCUGCUGCUGGUCUGGGUCUCAGCGGUGCUCAGCCGCUCCUCGUCCUGCGGGCCGGGCCGGUCCUGGGCGGUGCGUCUGGACGCGGAGACGGCGGGGCGGUCUCUGGAGCGUCUGGCACACAGCGUGGCGGAGGAGCUGGGUCUGGAGAGCCACGGGCAGAUCGGGCAGCUGGAGGGACACUACCUGCUCUGCCAGCGACCGGAGGACAGCACAGACGUGCACUCCACAGAGUCAGCUCUGGACCGAAACCCUAAUGUGCUCUGGCACUCACAGGAACACAUCCUCAGACGCUCCAAGAGGAGCCUGACCUUCAAUGACCCCAGAUACCCCAGGCAGUGGCACCUGCACAACGAUGAGAAGCGAGGGAUGGAUGUGAAUGUGACGGGUGUGUGGGAGAGGAACAUCACCGGUGCGGGGGUCACUGUGGUCGUGGUGGACGACGGCGUUCAGCACACACUGGCAGAUCUUCAGCCCAACUAUAGUCCUGAGGGUAGUUAUGACCUGAACUCGAACGACCCUGACCCCAUGCCUCACCCUGACGGUCACAGUGAUAACCAUCACGGCACGCGCUGCGCCGGAGAGAUCGCCGCCGUCUCCAACAACAGCUUCUGCGCCGUCGGAGUCGCUUACAGAGCCAGGGUCGCAGGCAUCAGAGUUUUGGACGGACCCCUCACAGACAGCAUGGAGGCUGUUGCUUUCAAUAAGCAUUACCAGGUUAAUGACGUCUACAGCUGCAGCUGGGGUCCGGAUGAUGACGGACGUACAGUCGAUGGACCGCAUCCCUUAGGCAAGGCGGCUCUGCAGCACGGGGUCAUCGCAGGCAGGAGAGGUUUCGGCAGCAUCUUCGUCGUGGCCAGUGGUAAUGGAGGACAGUAUGAAGAUAACUGCAACUACGACGGCUAUGCUAACUCCAUCUACACCGUCACCAUCGGAGCGGUCGAUGAGAAGGGCAAAAGGCCGUUUUAUGCAGAGGAGUGUGCGUCGAUGCUGGCCGUCACGUUCAGCAGCGGGAGCAGACCGCUGCGCAGUAUAGUGACGUCGGACUGGUCUCUGCAGAGCGGCACAGGCUGCACAGACGGACACACAGGGACAUCAGCGGCUGCUCCUCUGGCUGCUGGGAUGGUGGCGCUCAUGCUGCAGGUGCGGCCCUGUCUGAGCUGGAGGGACGUCCAGCACAUCAUCUCCUACACCGCUACACAGCAUGAUGAUGACGCUCAGGCCGACUGGGGAAUCAAUGGAGCUGGUUUCCGCCACAGUCACAAGUACGGCUUCGGUUUGCUGAACGCCUGGAGGCUGGUUAAUGCUGCUAAGGUCUGGGAGUCCGUCCCCUUCUUGGUGUCCUACCAGAGCCCGCUUUUAAAGGUCAACGAGGACAUCCCAGAGUAUGACAAAACCCUCACGCACACCUGGAAUGUCUCUGUGUCUGAUCUGAGGCAGUCUGGCAUGCAGACGCUGGAGCACGUGUCUGUCACAGUGACGAUCACUCAUCCGCGGCGUGGGAGCGUGGAGAUCUGGCUCGUCUGUCCCAGUGGAAUGAGCUCUCUGAUCGGGGCCCGGAGACCGCUGGAUGUAGAUACGACUGGAUUCACAGACUGGACGUUUUCCACAGUGCGAUGCUGGGGAGAAAGAGCCGAGGGACAGUACACCCUAAACAUCACUGACCACAAAGAGUCGAGUCUGUCAUCGGGCGUCCUGAAGCACUGGAGACUCACUCUGUACGGCUCGUCUCUGUCUCCUCAGCAGGUGAAAGAGAGAUGGAGGGUUGUUGAAGAGGCCAUGGGUGGACAGUAUCUGGACAGCAGUUUUGCUCUUCCCUGUCCUCCUGGUAUAGACGUUCCUCCUGAAAUCGUGAGCCCGUUCACCUCAAACAGCCUGAAGUGUCUGCUGCUGCUGGGCUGUUUCGCUCUCUUCUGGUCGCUCUAUUACACGCUGGAGGUGGCCCUCACUCACUGGGACUGGCGCGGGUGCAGUCUGAGCGCUACAGGACGCCACAGAGGCUUCCAGGCCGUGUCCACGAGCCCAGAGGACAGUCAGGUGGUAGAGAUCCAGCCCGAGACGGAGCACGAGUCUAAAGCCCCGCUCAUCGCUGCAGAUGACAACACGUAACACUCAGGGAAACCAGCUCUCUCUCUCUCUGUCUCCAUUCCCUUCAUUUACAGUUCAGGUUGCUCUUUUGAUCAUGUGAGCAAAUGCUCUAUUUUAAGUUGCCUUAUUUAGUUUUCUUUGAUUUGUUUUGAUGAGAAGAAGAGAGCCUGAUUGAGAGUGCAGUAUUUGCAUGUGUGACUGAGAGAAUGUGUGGUGUGUGUCACUGAUUGACUGAGCGAGCGAGUGUUUUCUUGAUCGUGAUGCACUGAAUGUGUUAGUAUUAGGUCUAAAUACCUCCGACACUUGAAUUUUGAAAGACAGAAAGAGAUUGUUUAAACUGGAGGUCUGCUCACCUGCAGACGUUUUACUCGAUCUAGUCUCUUUUUCUUUCUUUAAUUUUCUAUAAACCGAACUGUGGUAUUCCUGUGAACAAGAACUCCGAUGUGUUUUGAAUAAAAACCAAAAGAGAAACCG